CUUGCACCGCGCUUGACCUCGAUAUCGCCAAAUUGCUGCCGGGAAGCAUACCAAUGGCCGAAGAUCGUCCCCCGUCCGAUACCGCCGAGAAGUCCGACUCGCCCACGACAGACGACCACGUCGCCGAUGACGAUCAAUCACAUACAGAAGAGGAGAAAGAGGAUGAGCACGAGGUAGAGCACGAGGUAGAGGUGGUUGAACAACACGAUGUACCACACACACCCGCGGAGAAGGACGAGGACGCUCACGAGCCGGAUCAGGGACCAGACGACACAUCGUCUCAACCCACAAAUGAAUCGAUUGUCGAAAGCUCUGUCGCGACCCCCCGUACCGGACUCGAAUCCAAUCCUCCGACCCCUGUGCCCGGGACCAUGCGCCAAAGAACAGAUUCACAGUCCACCACCGCAACGAAUGCGACCAGGACCACUGCACGAUCAGCGAGAAGUAGCCUGGUCUUCGUGAUCGCGGCGCUGGACGCCAUCGCAGCGUCCAAGGAUGCAAGGAAGAGGAAACCGUUGGCCGAUUCAGUGCAGCGAGCUUUGACAUCAAUCCGAACUGCACAGGGGGAUGCAUCACAGAUCAAUCCUGAGGUCUUGUUCGAGCCAUUAAAUCUGGCGACUGAGGCCUCGACCGUCGCCGUUGUUGUCACUGCGUUGGACUGCAUCGGCAAGCUGAUCAGCUAUUCAUAUUUCUCCGCGCCCGCGCCUACGGAUCAGGUGACUGAACGGGGACCACCUUUGAUCGAAAGAGCGAUAGACACGAUAUGCGACUGUUUUCAGGGAGAGGCAACGCCUGUCGAGAUACAAAUGCAAAUCAUCAAAAGUUUAUUGGCAGCUAUCUUGAACGACAAGAUCGUGGUGCACGGGCAGGGGUUGUUGAAGAGUGUCCGGCAGACGUACAACAUUUUCCUCAUGAGCAAGAGCAGCGCAAAUCAACAGAUUGCGCAAGGGACCCUGACCCAGAUGGUCAGCACCGUCUUUGAGCGGGUCAAGGCUCGGCUCACGGUGAAAGCCGCGAGGGUCAACUCAUCUCGGAACAGUCUGGCAAAUGGCGCAGCAGACCAGCAGCCCGGAGGGACGAUUGUGAUCUCAGACGAUGAUCUGCCGGCAGUUCCUGAAACGGAGUCCCCAGCUGAACUGGAACCCCAACCUAAGAUGACGCUGCAGACUUUCGAAACUCAGCGCGAUUUCGACGAUGCCAGAAUCACCGAUGCCGCUCCGACAACCGUAUCGCGAGCCAAGAAAAGCUCCACGCACGAUUCCCACACGGCUUCCAGUGGUGAUGUUCCGACCAUCACCAUUCAAGGUGAGGACAGCGAAGCAAUAAAUGAGGACGAGGAGGAGGACGAAUUUUACAUCCGGGAUGCUUUCCUCGUCUUCAGAGCCAUGUGUAAGCUGUCCACGAAAUCAUUAAGGCCGGAAGAAACUGCAGACAUCAAGUCGCAGGGAAUGCGCUCGAAACUACUCAGCUUGCACAUCAUCCAUACGGUCCUUUUCAACCACCAUGAGGUCUUCACUUCACCACUCGCAACUAUCAAGAGCUCGUCGAACGGAGACCCGACAGGCUUCAUACAGGCGACCAAGCAAUACCUUUGUCUGAGUUUGAGCCGCAACGGUGCUAGCAGUGCCAACCGAGUUUUCGAGGUCGCGUCGGAGGUUUUCUGGCUGGUACUGAGGCAUCUUCGGUCCCAGUUGAAACGAGAACUCGAAGUCUUCCUCAAAGAGGUUUACCUGGCAAUCUUGGAGAAGCGCGCUGCGCCGGCCUGGCAGAAAGGCUACAUCGUCCAGCACAUCUUCGGUCGACUUGCAGCAGAUUCAAAGGCUCUAGUCGAAGUCUAUCUGAAUUACGAUUGCGACAGACAAGCACUUGACAACAUGUUCCAACGUAUCAUCGAACAUCUCAGCAGGAUUGCCGGACAGCCUGUCACGGUCAAUGGUGUUCAGCAACAGGCAUAUAGCGAGAGCGUAAUCAAACAGAACUCCUCGCUGAGCGAUUGGAGGGAUAGAGGCACACUCCCUCCCAGCCUCACGACCAACAAUAUCACAACGGCAGCAGAAAUCGAUCAGAGUUAUCCAGCAGAAUAUGCGACGAAAAUGCAAGGUCUCGAGUGUCUCAACGAGGUUCUGCGAAGUAUGGUGAACUGGAGCCAACAGAACACCCAGGAGACCGCUGGAAGCAUGCGCCCUGAUCGCGAAUCUCGGUUCUCGGUCGAUGACGCUCGGGAGAGCAUCGAUACCCGGGGCGGCGAAUACAACGCCAAUGGCGCUCUGGCCGACACCCACGCACCAAAUACCCCCCUGCAAGGCGCCGAAGACGAUCCGGAAGAAUUACAAAAGGUCAAGAUCCGGAAGACUGCCCUGAACAACGCUGUGCGGCAGUUCAAUUUCAAGCCGAAACGAGGUCUCAAGACGCUCAUCGCUGAAGGCUUCAUUGCAUCCUCGGACCACAAGGAUAUCGCACAAUUCAUGUUAGCAAAUGAACGGAUCGAUAAAACAGCACUGGGAGAAUUCCUCGGAGAUGGUGAUGAGGAAAACAUCAAGAUCAUGCACGCCUUUGUGGACCUCAUGGACUUCACCAAGACGCGCUUCGUCACCGCGUUACGGAAAUUCCUGCAAGCCUUCCGCUUGCCUGGAGAGGCUCAGAAAAUCGAUCGACUUGUUCUGAAAUUCGCGGAGCGCUAUGUGUCAGGCAACCCCAAUGCUUUUGCAAAUGCGGACACCGCCUAUGUGCUAUCUUACAGUGUCAUCAUGCUCAACGUCGAUCAACAUUCCGUCAAGGUGAAGAAGCGGAUGACCCACGAGGACUUCAUCAAAAACAACCGCGGCAUCAACGACAAUGCCAACUUGCCCGAUGAAUAUUUGGUUGCCAUUUUCGACGAAAUCGCGCAGGAUGAGAUCGUGCUAGACACGGAGCGCGAGAAGGCUGCAGAUAUGGGAACGCUGCCACAGGUGCAGGGCACCGGUAUCGUGAACACCCUGGCGAAUGUUGGCAGGGAUCUCCAGAGGGAAGCGUACGUACAAGCGAGCGAGGAGAUGAGCAACCGGACCGAGCAGCUGUUCAAGAACAUGCUGCGAGCUCAACGGCGGAGCGGGUCCGCCGCCGCCACGUCGGCAGAGAAGGGUCGCUUCCUGACCGCCAGUUCGUUCAAGCACGUCGGACCGAUGUUCAGCGCAACAUGGAUGAGCUUCUUGACUGCCCUUUCCGGCUCCGCACAAGAGACGCAAAAUCUCGAGACAAUCCGUCUCUGUAUGGAUGGACAGAAGAUGGCUAUCCGCAUUGCAUGUCUGUUCGAUCUCGAAGAUCCCCGACAGGCUUUUGUUUCCAGCCUUGCCAGAAACACCAAUUUGUACAAUUUGUCGGAAAUGAAGGCGAAAAACGUCGAGGCGCUGCGAGCCCUGCUCGAUGUCGCGUAUACCGAGGGCAAUCUGCUCAAAGAGAGCUGGCGGGAUGUUCUCACAUGCAUAUCGCAGCUCGACCGCUUCCAACUCAUCUCCAGUGGUGUCCACGAGGAUUCGGUCCCCGAUAUGUUGCGCGCACAAUCCCCCGGCGCGAACAAGAACAUGCAACUGCCAAGGCGGCCGCCAGCACGCGUCAAUGGUGGAGGGUCUUAUCAAGCAGAGAUCGCCGAGGAGUCGCGAGGCGUAGAUAUGAUCCGCAGCGUGGACCGGAUCUUCACCAACACUGCUAACCUCUCCGGCGAUGCCAUUGUCGAUUUCGUCAAGGCACUCGUACAGGUCAGCUGGCAAGAGAUCCAGUCAUCAGGACUGUCCGACACGCCGCGGACGUACAGUUUGCAGAAGAUUGUCGAGAUUUCCGGAUACAAUAUGUUGCGGGUGCGUUUUGAAUGGACGUCAAUCUGGCAGGUGCUCGGGCAGCAUUUUAUCGAUGUCGGCUGCCACAAUAACGCGCAUGUGGUGCCGUUCGCGCUGAACAGCUUGCGACAGCUCAGUAUGCGCUUCAUGGAAAUCGAGGAGCUACCGGGAUUCAAAUUCCAGAAAGAUUUCUUGAAGCCUUUCGAGCUGAUCUUGAGCAAUGCCUCGUCAGUCCCGGUCAAGGAUCUUGUAUUGCGGUGUCUCAGUCAAAUGAUCCAGGCGCGUGGCAACAUGAUCCGCUCGGGAUGGAGGACAAUGUUCGGUGUCUUCACCGUCGCUGCUCGGGAGCCCUAUGAAGGCAUCGUGAACCUCGCCUUUGACAAUGUCACGCAGGUUUACAAUGAGCGCUUCGGUGUCGUCAUCUCUCAGGGCGCGUUUUCGGAUCUCAUCGUCUGCUUGACCGAGUUCAGCAAGAACAUGAAGUUCCAAAAGAAGAGCCUGCAGGCCAUCGAGACGCUGAAAUCGUCGGUGCCGAAGAUGCUUCGGACGCCGGAGUGUCCACUAUCACAGAGCGGUGGGUCCGAGAAGGCUGCAUCGCCCAACGAAAGCGGGUCGAAACAGCCCACGCGGCAGACGCAGGAGGAGCAAUACUGGUUCCCCGUGUUGUUUGCCUUCCACGACGUUCUCAUGACCGGCGAAGACCUCGAAGUCCGCUCCCGUGCGCUCAACUACCUCUUCGACACGCUCACCCGUUACGGAAGAGACUUCCCACGGAACUUCUGGGACACGCUGUGGAGGCAACUACUCUAUCCGAUAUUCAUGGUGUUGAAAGACCGACGAGCGAUCAGCCAAGAGGCCGCCAGUCAAGAAGAGCUGUCCGUGUGGCUAUCCACUACUCUCAUACAAGCCCUGCGAAACAUGAUCAGCUUGUUCACACAUUUCUUCAACAGCCUCGAGUAUAUGCUUGAUCGCUUCCUCGACCUCCUAGCGUUGUGCAUUUGCCAGGAAAACGACACUUUGGCGCGCAUUGGCAGCAAUUGUCUGCAACAACUCAUCCUGCAAAACGUCACCAAAUUCUCCCCGGCACAUUGGGACAAGAUCGUCGGAUCGUUUGUGGAACUGUUCAAUCGCACAGAGGCCAAGGAGUUGUUCUCUGCAGCUACCUCGUCUUCUUACAGCAAGGACAGCUCAUAUUCGAAUGGAAUCGGCGAAAGACCCAACACGGCAAACGGCGAGGAGGAUACAUUCAGCCCGACCAACGCUCUCAAGAUCACCAUCGACGGUGCAGAGAACGGUGCCGAGCACAUUGGAAACGGCCGGGCACGAUCCUCGACGAUGGACACGACAGCGGCCCCAUCGAUCUCUGGAGAAAGCGAGAUUGGCUCUCAAUAUCAAUCCAACCUCGAAGAUUUCGGCGGUGCCUCCAACACCCAACGGCCUCCAGUCGUGGUCACUGCCGCCCGCCGCCGAUACUUCAACCAAAUCAUCACGAAAUGCGUGCUUCAGCUGCUCAUGAUCGAGACAGUAUCCGAACUGUUCAGCAACGAUGCGGUCUACGAGUCCAUCCCCUCGCACCUCCUCUUACGCCUCAUGGCCCUCCUCAAGAAAUCCUACCACUUCGCCAAACGCUUCAACGAAGACCGCGAGCUCCGCACGCGCCUCUACAGCGAAGGCUUCAUGCGACAAGCGCCCAACCUCCUCAAGCAGGAGAGCGGGAGCGCCAGCGUCUACGUCCUCAUCCUCCUCCGCAUGUACGCCGAUACCAGCGACGAACGCUCCGCCAGCCGGCCGGAGACCGAAGCGGCGCUGAUCCCGCUCUGCACGGACAUCAUCGCGUCGUACAUCGCGCUGGACGAGGACACGCAGCAGCGCAACAUCGUCACCUGGCGGCCCGUCGUCAUCGACGUCCUCGAGGGCUACACCGCCUUCUCCCGCGACGACUUCUCCCGCCACGCCCAGACCUUCGCGCCCCUGGCCGUCGGCCUCAUGGGCAAGGAGGUCAACUUCGAACUGCUCCGCACCCUGCAGGGCCUGUGGAUGCGCAUCUGCGAGGUCCGGCUGGGCAUCGACAUGGCGGCCGUCGCGGGCCUGGAGGGCGUCCUGCCGACCCCGACCAGCCCCCGCGCGGCGACUUCCCUGGGGAAAUCGGGCGGCGGCGGCGGCGGCGGUGCCUCUUCCUCCACCUCGAGGAGGAGCAGCAAAGGCAAGCAGACGUGAUCGUCCCGGUCCCAGCCAAGGGGACGGGAUCUCCUCGGGGGGAAGAGUCCUCUACUAUUAGAUAGGAAAUGCCGAUUGUACAAUAGAUCGAUUCCGAGCUCCGUGUUGGGAGUCCACCCUCCACGCAUGAAACAUUUAUUUCACGUA